CACCAUGGUACCCCAUUGUGCCCCCCAGGUUCCAGGCAGAUGGUGGGUACAUCCUAUCACCCCAAUGUCACCCCUCUGUCCCCCCCCAGGUUCCAGGCAGACGGGGGGUACGUGCUGUACCCCAAAUGUCACUCCUCUGUCCCCCCCAGGUUCCAAGCAGCCGGGGGGUACAUUCUGUCCCCUCAAUGUCCCCCCCAGGUUCCAGGCAGCGGGGGGUACGUGCUGUACCCGCAGAUCGGGGACCGGCUGGACCUGGUGUGCCCGGGGGGGGCAGGGUACGAGUACUACAAGCUGUACCUGGUGGGGGGGGCCCAGGCCCGGCGCUGCCAGGUGCCCCCCGCCCCCACCCUGCUGCUCACCUGCGACCGCCCCCAGCGCGACGUCCGCUUCACCAUCAAGUUCCAGGAGUUCAGCCCCAACCUCUGGGGCCACGAGUUCCGCCGCCUGCACGACUAUUACAUCAUCACGACGUCGGACGGGACCCCCGAGGGGCUGGAGAACCGGCAGGGCGGGGCCUGCUUGACCCGGGCCAUGAGGGUCACCCUGCGCGUGGGGCAGCGUGAGUGCCCCUCCCCCACCCCGCCCCUCCCCCACCCUGACCCUGCCCCCACCCCGCUCACCCCUCCCCACCCCCAGGCCCUGGGCGGAGCCUCUCCCGGACCAGGAUGGGACAGA